CGGGGGCUGCGCCGCCACAGUAAACAUGGAGUCGAUCUUCCACGAGCGGCAAGAAGGCUCAUUGUGUGCUCAACAUUGUCUGAAUAAUUUGCUGCAAGGUGAAUACUUCAGUCCUGUUGAGUUAUCCUCUAUUGCACAGCAAUUGGAUGAGGAAGAAAGGAUGAGAAUGGCAGAGGGAGGAGUAUCUAGUGAAGAAUACAGAACAUUUCUACAGCAGCCUUCUGUAAAUAUGGAUGAUAGUGGAUUCUUCUCAAUUCAAGUUAUAAGCAAUGCCUUGAAAGUGUGGGGUUUAGAACUAAUCCUCUUCAACAGCCCAGAGUACCAGAGACUUGGGAUCGAUCCUAUAAAUGAAAAAUCAUUUAUUUGUAAUUAUAAGGAACACUGGUUUACAGUUCGAAAGUUAGGAAAACAGUGGUUUAACUUGAACUCUCUCUUGAUGGGUCCAGAACUAAUAUCAGAUACAUAUCUUGCACUUUUCUUGGCUCAAUUACAACAGGAAGGUUAUUCCAUAUUUGUAGUAAAAGGUGACCUGCCAGACUGUGAGGCUGAUCAGCUGCUGCAGAUGAUUCGGGUACAGCAAAUGCAGCGACCAAAAUUGAUUGGAGAAGAAGCAGCACAGUCAAGAGAUCAGAGGCUACCCAGAAGUGACGUGGACCAAGCAAUAGAAGUUAACCAUCCUUUUGACGGAACAGGCAUGUUAGAUGAAGAUGAAGAGAAUUUUCAGAGAGCCCUGGCUCUAAGUAGGCAGGAAAUUGAUAUGGAGGAUGAAGAAGCUGAUCUUCGCAGAGCCAUUCAGCUCAGCAUGCAAGGUAGCCGUCGAAGUGAGCUCUCAGGCUCAUUACCACAGAAUGUGCCUCAGUCAUCUCACAGCAGUCAGACAGACUCCCUUUCUUCAGAAGAACUGCGAAGGAGAAGACAAGCAUAUUUUGAAAAACAGCAACAACAGCUACAGCAGCAAGAUCAGACUCCAAACCUAAAGGACAAAGCACCUCUUAGUUCAAGCACUGCAGAACCUGGCGCAGGAGGUGAUAUGAGUGAAGAAGACAUGCUUCAAGCAGCCAUGAAUAUGUCUCUGGAGUCUGUCAGAAACCAAUUGAAUUCAGAAGAGGAGAAAUAACAUCAUUUUUUUCCAUCUUAUUGUCAAAACGCUAAGUCUCAAUUAAAAUUCUACUGUGUGGAUGUUGCACAAGCAGGGUUCAUUUCAGAGUCGUGGAAGCAGGAAUGGAAGGGGGCUGCUGGAGGUCAGUUUAGAGAGGAUCUGCAAAUACAAAAAAGAUUGCACUAAUUUAGAGAACUGUAGCACUCCUACAAAACAUCUGCUCACGAGAGUAGUGGUGUUAAAAUUACUGGAACCAUUCACACAAAGUUAGACAAGGGUAGCAGCUGUAACUUUAAAAACUAAAGCUUUUAAAGCUUGCAUUAAAAAAGCAAGUUUCAACUGUUCUGAAGAAUUCUAUAGAAGAUACAAAUAGUGCUGAAAACAGCAUCAAAUUAUUUUCUUCAGUACUGGUGGAAAAACAGAUACAAGUAAUAAGUUAUGCUCAUAAAUUAUUUUUAAUAGAUCACUCUAAAGUGGGGAGAGUAAUUAAAUUACAUUAAUCUUAAAUAAUUUAUUUUUGAUUGUUUAUUAUGAAUGAUUUAAUGUCAACUUUUUGAUCCUGCUGUCCACUUUUGAAAUGAUCCAUUCUGCAGGAGAAACUAACCCAUAAAUUUCAUACUUUUCAAUUCAAGACAAAAUUUUAUUGUUGACUAUAAUGUUACUCCUGAGUCUUUCAGUGAUUUCUGACUUUGUAACAAUUUUUGGUUUUACUUUCAAUUCCAAUUGUAAAAUUUUAGAUCCGUGUUUAACAUAUUGUCUUUUAGCAGAUAACUUGCCUUAUUUGGCUUCGGGUUUUGUUGUUCUUGUUUGGUUUUAAUUAUUGUUUUCUUAUUUUCUUUCUUGUUAUAGCAAUUUUCUUUUUACUACAAAAGCAGCAUAUACUCAAUUGGGUUGAACAGGUUUUCUUUUCUACCUCUUCCAGAGAAUUUUUCUCUUCAAGCUCGACCCUUUUAUUCUGGCCUUUCAGUAUGAGUGAGCUGUAACUGAGUCUAGGAGAAAGUAGGAGGGGAUUUAGGUGCCAUAAAGUCAGUGCCACACACAUAAGAUGCACUCCUGCAAUCUGAAGUGACCCCUGUGCAAGUAGCUCUUUUAAGAAUGAAUAUUUAUGCCUGUGUGGAUGUUCUUUCUGAAAUGCUUUCUAUGAGUGUCUGUCAGAAUGUUGCAGUUUCUUCAGGAAUGGCCUUUAUUCACGCACCUUACAAUUUUUUAUUACGUUGUUUCUGAUCCUGAGAAAAAUUGGGAAGCAAAGUAUGUGAGAUAGCUUAUGCUAUUGGUUGUAAGACAUUUGCUUUGAGAUCCAGGAUGAAUGUGUAACAGGGUGACCAAACCUGACCUUGAACUUCAGUGCAACAAAAGAGAGAUGUUUCAUUUUCUUAAAUGGUGCUUGAAAUACAAAUUCUGUUUACAUAUAAAUUAUAUGGAAAUAUCUUGUAGAUAGAGUAUAUAAGCUGUAGUCCAGUUAAAGCAUUAACAGUUAGCACAGGCAUUCUAAGAAUCUUUCAAAGAUAACCCCAAAUUUCUUUAUCAAAAUAUUCUAAAGUUACAUCUUUGCGCAAUAGUAACAUUUAAUUAAAAGUAGUAAGAAAUGAAUGGUAGCUAGAUGGAAAUACACAUUCAGCAUCAAGUAGUACUGUACAUGAAAGGGCUCUUACCUCUCAGUAAAGAUUUGUUUACAGCAAUGGUUUCCUGAUAGCUUGGGAUAUUGUUAUGGUAUACAUAAUCGGGCUAAAUUCUGUUUUUCUUAUCUGUGUGCUGCAUUUUCACCAAUGUCACCAGAACCACUAGUAUGUGUUACACAAUAUGGAUUUUGACAUGAGAUAGCACUACUUUUUAAAAACUGAUUUUUGUGUUUUUAAAAUAAUCCUGUCAUCCGUGUUUUAAUUAUUUGCAAUGUCUCAAAUUAAUAUAGCUAAACAAUUACUUUAAAAGUCCAUGUAUGCGUAUGCCAUUUUGAAAUGCUGUAUUUUUCAGGGUGUGAUUUUCUGCUUUCAGUUUGAAAUUUCUAUGCAACUGAAAGCAAGAAAGGUGUCUAAAGCACUGAUAUUUUUUUCCUCAUCUGUCAAUUAACCACAGCUUAGUUUUCCUUUCUUGGUUGUGCCAUAAACUAAUUCUGAAAUAAGACUCAUUUUUAUCGAUAGGUGUAGACUGGCAGGCUGACGCCAGUACCUGCAACUCAGACCUUUUAUCCUCUCUUAUAAGAACAUAAUAAAAAUAUUAUUUUUAGCUCUAGCAGCCCUAUAUUAAAAAAAAAAAAAUCUGCCCCUUAAAUCUCACUGACUGUAACCCAGGCCAACUAUCUGGUUUUAUAAUCACUAAAACAUGGAGGUUUUCCUUUGAACUUUCAUGUCACAUCAUAAGUCACUUCAUCACCCCAGUAUUUUAAUAUGGAAGAAAUACAAAAUGUCAGUGCCUGAAAGGCACAGCUGAGUCAUGAUCACAGGGCCAACUAUUUCCCUUUCUAUGGAGAAAUGUUGUCACUCAACAAAUACCAGCUUGAUUUUUAGAGAAAUGUCAAGUUGAAUGAUGUAGGCAUGUCUAUCUAGACAAGCAGUUACGAGAGGGCAAUUUAAGCUACAUCUGUUAAUUCACGUAAUUCUGUUGCUGAAAAAGACCUGCUAGAAACCAUCCAUUAAUCCAGCCCAGUCCACCACUAAUUGUAAUGUUCCUAAGCACCACAGCUACACCUCUUUUAAAUAGCUUCAGGGAGGGGGCUCAACCACUUGCCUGGGCAGCCUGUUCCAAUGGUGAACAACUUUUUCAGGGAAUAAAUACUUCCUGAUACCCAAACUGAACCUCCCCUGGUACAAAUUGAGGCCAUUUCCUCUCAUCUUCUCACUUGUUAUCUGGGAGAUGAGGCUGACACCCACCAUGCUACAACCUCCUUUCAGGACUUGCAGGGAGUGACAGGGUCUCUAUUUGAACUGUACCCAAGGAAAAACCUCAUACUAAUUGCUGACAGUGCAUAUUCUAUAACCCAGGUCUCAAGUUCAAAAUGUCUGGACCUGGCAAGAGGCUGUUAAUAAAACACUGCUGUCAUUUUUUGGUGUUCAUUCUUUCAAUGAUAAACAGUUAUCAGUGUGACUUAACUAUGCUUCUAAUUUACUAAUUUAGAGUGUACUUCCGGUGUUACCUGCCCUGUCAAGCUGAAGGGUUGGGUUUUUUUUCCCAUGUAACAGCUUUAGGCCAUAGUCUAUUGUGAGGGAGCAGACAUUGUUUUUUAUUGUUUUUUUUUUUAAUUAUAGAAUUAUAUUUGAUGGAAUUUCAGGCUUCAUUCAUUCAGCAGCUUUUACUGUUUCCCAGUGAAUGGUCCAUGUGACAUAAAUUAUGGUUUUGUGCCAGUAGAAAUAAAAGGGGCAGGGGGAGUGAGUGAUACAAUAAAUAUCUUCCAUAAUUACUUCUCUAAGUAUAAUUCUGCAAACUGCUUUCAUGGUCUUACAGUGAAGGCAGGAGGAACAAGAGUUGUAAUGCAGUCAUGCUUGCACGCAAUUCUUGUUAGGCACAGCAAGUACAAAUAUGAGCUGUUCAAAUGCUUACAUCUCUCUAGACCUGAAAUGAAUAUGAUACCAUACUGGCUUACUUUAAGAUUUGGGCUUCCUGUGCCUUUCAAAGAACUGUAGCAAAUUUAAGUGUAGUUUUCAGUUAGGGUACUCUUCUUGUCAUACUUUUAUUACUUUGCAGACUACUUGAAAAUAACCAGUACAAAUCUAAAUCUAUCAUGUGUUUUAAUGUUGGACUAUUGCCUCUAUUACAAACUUACAGAAUGGUGGGGGGGCUUCUGCAGGUGUCUAGUAGACAAAUAUUAUCAUUUGCAAGUGUUUUGUCUUAUUACAAAACUGACUGGCUUAAAAAUUAACAUGUUACAGUUCUAAAAUGUGAAAUUUUCUAGUAUUAAUUAUUGAUUCAAAUAAUAAUGAAAACAUAAAAAUGGUGGCCUUUGUACAGAAAAAUACAGUAUAGGGGAAUAGGAUCAGAGAAUUAGAACUCAGACUUACAAAGAAGUAUUAUUUUGCAGUUCACAUUACCAGCACUUCACUUUUAAAGGAAUUGAAAUAAGAAUCCAAGGAAGAGAAUAACUGAUGUGGAAACUUUUUUUUAAGGGCUUAAAUAGAAAAUUAUGUUGUUUGCUUGGUAAGCCAUUACUGUCUUGCAUAGAACAAACUUAAGUCCUGGAAUAUCUUGAUAAUUAUUCACAAAUCAUUACAGAAAAAAAGGAAAAUAUGUCCAACAUGUAAUAAAUAGAUACCUAUUCCAUAUACACAGUCACUUGUUCAAGUGAGAACAAUACUUAGUACAUUCAAACUGGCUGGGUCCAAAUGCUUACUUCUUCAGUUUUGAAUUGGUAGCUUUGUCUUGUAUCCAGGUUUUCAUCUUAAAAGCAUGAGCUCUUCUGCAAUAAAUUUUUUUAAUCCUCAUACACACAUUUUGCCUUAUUUGCAUUGCAGAGGCAGAGGGAAUGCUGGAGUAUUUAACCUGCCAUAGUCACCUUUUUCCCCAGUUACAGUUCUUCAGACAGUUAGUGCAUGUGAUUUUUCAACUGCUGUCAUCAAAUCACAAUACUUAUAUAUUAUUUUCUGUGUUAAGAAAAAUAAUUAUAACUACACUUUUCUUUUAAUCUCCCUCCAUCCUCAGUACAGGCACUGUGUGAAUUCAGGAAGGAACUUCAGGAGGGAAAAAAGGGAUGUAAUACUUAAAUGCCACUGUGCAAAAUCAAAAUGGAAAAAAAAAGAUAAAAACCUUGAUCCUGUCUUUUUUUUUUUUUUUGCUACAUGAAACCCCCUGUGUACAAAUCACUGUAGAGUUAGGAUUUUUUAAGGGAAUAAUUUUUCAUCUCUCACCUAAUAGUUGUGUAUUUUAGAAAUCAUUUUCAGUAAGAUUUUUUUGUCAAGACUGUUUUCAUAUCACAUCUUUGGCUCUGGAUUCCUGUAUAAUUUUUGCCUAUUUUGUGUAUAUAAAGGAUAGAAUACUGAAAAGAUUUAAAAAGGGAAAGCUGAAAUGCUUUGUCAUUGUUUUGACUGGAAAAUGGCAGCACUGUUGGAUAUUUUGAAAAUGCUCUCCAAAUAGGCAUGAAUAUAUAUGGUUGUAUUUGAUAUCACUUUUUUAAAUAAAUAUGAUUAUAGCUUCUAA